AUCAAAAUCAAAACAUUGAAUUUUUUGCAAACUAAAUUUAUCUCAAAACAUCGAAAAAUUCAGCGAAAUUUGUCAAUAUCGAGUGCCUAAAAUGAAUGAUGAGUCGCUUUCCUUGUUAAAUCUGCCAAAUGAGUUAUUGUUAUGCAUCUUGGAAUUCUUACCGCUUGAGGACAUUUUGGAAGUACGAGCGACCUGUACGCAACUUUUUGGCAUUUGCAACGAUCGUUUCAUGUCCAACACAGUCCUUCAUUUCAAUUAUUGCUCCUUUCCCGGCGACAUAAUCGACGUUUUUACCGCAAAUUUUCCGCGUACCGUGAAUCGCAUUCGCUUCGGCGAGCAAGUCGACUUCGAACCAACCGGCAACGAGGCGUUUUUGCAGCAUUUUGGACGAGAAAUCGAGUCUCUUACCUUUUGCCAAUGCAAACAAUUGAACGAUAAGCAAUUUCUGUCGCUGAUAAAAUACUUUCCGGACCUGCAGGAGUUGGAAAUAAAGGCACACUUUUUGUCUGUGGAUGAAAUUUUUGGUCGAAACACGAAACUUGUGGACGACGAGAACCGGGAGGAGUUGCGACAUGUCUUUCGGAAGCUACGGAAAUUCUCCACGGAAUGUUGUUACGUGAGUCCGCAGCAAUUUAACGACUUGGUAGCGUUAAUGCCGAUGUUAGAAGGCAUCAAAGUCUCGUACAUCUCGACUUUCGAAAGUUGUUUGACACCAAAGACGAUUUCUGACUUUGUUUGGCAACGAGAACGGCAAUUGCAGCAUUUGGAAUGUGGCGAUUCGGCCAGUGACGGCAUCGACGAUAGAUUUUUCCGUGAAUUAUCGCAACUCACGGACCUGCAAUUGAAAAAAUUCACCUUUUCGAUGAAGAGUGUGCACGAGGAAGCCCUCAAGGAGUUCAUUAACACGCAAUCCCGCCUCGAAACUCUCGAAAUUUUUCACUCGUGGAAGAUGACAAACGACAUGGUCGAGUUCAUAGGCGAGAAUUUGCCGAAUUUGAGGGUGCUGGCGCUCAAAAAUGGCGUUCCGCGACUCAAGGGCUUGUCUUUCGUGCGUGGCCUGCGACAACUGAGGGAACUGCAUCUCGUGGAUAAUCGCGAUGUGAUGUCAACUUUCAAGUUUAACGAUGAUUUUCACGUUUCUUAUGGGCUGGAAGAGACUUUUCCCCUGCUCGAGAAGCUCGUUUUGGACAACAUGAUCCGCGGAAUUUGUAUUUCGUGUUGGGAAAAACUCGCGAUUGCCUUUCCCAACGUAAAAUUCCUCAGUUUGUACCGAAAUAAGAUCGAAGAUGCUUGUUUGCCGGUGAUUUUCAAGAAUUUUCGACAUUUGGAGGAACUUCAUCUCAAUCGGUGUCACCAAAUAACCGACGUUGGGAUGUUGGACAGUGAAAAUUCGACGGAACCUCAUCCGAUAUCGAGUCUGACGAAGUUACGGGUGCUUCAGAUGAAACGUUGCGCUAAUAUAACUGAUCAAACCUUCCUCAAAAUGGGUCAUUUACUGAAUUUACGAGACCUAGACGUAUCUGAAACGGAAAUUUCCGCCGAUGGAAUCGCCGCUCUAGUCGAAAAAUGUCCCAAAUUGGAACGACUUACGUUCAAUGAAUGUCCAAACUUUGACAACAACUGCCUAAAAAGUAUCUGUGAGACGUUAAAACGUCUGAAAUUCUUGAAUAUCUCGCGAUCUAAGCACGAACUCGAUUGGAAGCUCGUUGCCAACAAUUGCAACUAUCUGCAAAUACUGAUAGCGGAAGGAUGCGCCAUGCUGAUCAAAGACAUUUACGAGUUAUUUGAAAAAAUUCCCAGUUUAAUCUACUUAAAAUGCUCCACGCUCGGUAUUAGACGCUUCGAGCACAAACGUGAUAGAGUAUUUUAUGAAUAUGAGUAAAAUAAAAAUAUUU